AUGCUUCGGGGAGAAGCAGUAAAUUGGUGGGAGUCGGUGGCGGCAGCGGAGGAUCACGCCAACGUACCCGUCACGUGGGCAAGAUUUAAGGACCUACUUUAUGAGUACUAUUUCCCCGUGACUGUCAGGAAUGAAAAACGGGCAGAGUUUCUCCGUCUCACUCAAGGGAGCCUAACCGUGGCUCAAUACAAAAGGAAGUUCACUGAGCUGUCCCGUUUUGGAAUGCAAUAUAUUCCUACUGAGCAAUUAAAGAUCGACAAGUUCAUCGACGGUUUGCGUAGGGAGAUCAAGGGGCUACUUAUUCUCAAGGAAUCAACUACAUACGCAGCGGCAGUCAGAUGUGCGUUGGUUAUGGACAAAUGUCUCGAGGAGCCUCAGUCUCAGCAGGUAAUGGGCUCCAGCUCAGGGGUCAAGAGGAAAUUUGCAUCGUUCUCCUCCAGUCAAUCCUCAAUAGGACACCAGCACUAUGUGCAAAGGCAGACUGCUCCUCCGGGGUGCCCCUCUUGUAAGAAGAACCAUGCUGGACCAUGUUGGUUGGGAAAAAGAAUAUGUUUCAGGUGCCAGAAGGAAGGACAUUUCGCAAGGGAGUGUCCGAUGACCGGCUCGAAUACCCAAGCGUUAGGCCAGAAGACCCCUACGGCAGCUGCAGCUCAAGGUGGAACCCAGAGGGCGCGCGUCUUCGCUCUCACCAGGGGGGAUGUUGAGCAUGCCGAGGCGGUGGUCACAGGGACUAUUUUAGUGCUUAGUAUGCCUGCUUACGCAUUAUUUGACUCUGGAUCUAGUCAUUCUUUCAUUGCUUCUACCUUUGUUCAACAUGCGGACCUAGAGCUAGAAUCGUUAGGCUUUUUGUUGUCGGUAUCCACACCGUCAGGAUCUGUGUUGGUCACUAGUCAAGUUGUGAAAGGGGGUCAGCUCUCUUUCGAUGGUCAGACCUUGGAGGUAAAGUUAAUUCAACUGGAUAUGCAGGAUUUCGAUGUGAUACUAGGCAUGGAUUGGUUAGCUGCUAACGAGGCUAAUAUUAAUUGCUCGAAGAAGGAAGUUAAUUUUCGCUUGCCCUCCGGACAAAACUUUACCUUUAAAGGAGUUAAGGCCGGGGUCCCAAGGGUGGUCUUCACUGAUCAUCAGAGUUUGAAGUACCUUUUCACUCAGAAGGAGCUUAACUUAAGACAGAGACGGUGGCUAGAGUUGGUGAAGGACUAUGAUUGUGAGAUUAGUUACCAUCCGGGUAAAGCGAACGUUGUGGCCGAUGCUCUUAGUAGAAAGGCGGCAAGUGUGGCAUCUUUAGUAGCGGCCUGCAGUCCAAUGCACAACGAGUUGGAACGCUUGGAGGUGGAGCGACGGUGGAUGAUGUCUCAGCGUUGUUGGCUCGACUCUUAG